GUGCGCUGUAUCUCUCGGACACAGCUGAUCACCGAUCCACGGAAAGAGCUGAAGAUGUCAGCUCCGUCAUGUAAUCAGCUGUGUCCAAUCACAGCUGAUCACUGAUGAUCAGUGUGCCCUGAUGAUCUGUGUAGCCCCAGCAGUGCAACCUGUCAGUGUCAAUCAGUGCUCAUCCAUGCCACCUGCCAGUGCCCAUCAAUGCCACAUAUCAGUGCCCAUCUGAGCUGCCUUUCAGUGUCACCCAUCAGUGCCAGUCAGUGCUUAUCAGUGCCAGUCAGUGCCGCCUAUCAGUGUGCAUCAGUGCCAGUCAGUGCUGCCUAUCAGUGCCCAUCAGUGAUGCCUGUCAAUGCCCAUCAGUGCCACCUAUCAGUGUCUAUCACU